AUGGCAGCUUCUCGCCCUCUCCCGGUGACCCCGGACCUGCCCACGCUGCGUGCCAAGUUGCAGGGACUGCUGCGGUUUCUGAGGGACACCCUGUCUAUUUCCAACGCACACACGGUGGAUUUCUACACGGAAUCCGUGUGGGAGGAGCUGGUCGACUUGCCCCCGGAGACAGUGCUGGCUGCACUGAGGAAGUCAGCUUCGGAGGCGGAGGUCCGGCCCUCAGAGGCGCGCCCCCUAAUGGAAGCAGAGGGGGAAACAGAUAUGACUGAUUUUCCCAAAAUAUUUUGUGAAACUUCUCAGAAGCUGGUGAGUGUGGAAGCCUUUGCUCUGGCUGCGAAAUACUAUUCCAUACAAAACUUGGGAAUAUGUACUUCUUUUGAACAGUUGCUGGUAGUCCUUCAAGGAAAUCAAAACCAGAGAAUUGGUAAAACUUUGAAGGCAGUUGAGUUUAUGAAUAUGAAGAAAUCUCAUGAAGUUCAGGCAAUGUCAGAGCUGAUCAGCAGUAUUGCUGACUACUAUGGACUAAAGCAGGUGAUUGACUUGGGUUCCGGGAAAGGCUACCUAAGCUCCUUUUUGUCCUUGAAGUAUGGCUUAAAAGUUUAUGGAAUUGAUUCCUCAAAUACCAAUACUCAUGGAGCUGAGGAGAGAAACAGAAAAUUGAAGAAACAUUGGAAACUGUGUCAUGCUCAGUCAAGAUUAGAUGUCAGUGAACUGGCAUUAAAAAUGUCAAAAGAAAGGAAAGCGCAAAAUGCAAUUAAAAAUAAAGCAGAUAUUGAGGAAGUUUUUAAUAACAGUCUUACAAAUCAAGAAAAGAUGUCUACCUCAGAUUUUUUACCUGAUUUUUCUGGCUCUGUGAUUUCUAAUAUCAGAAAUCAGAUGGAAACCCUACAUUCUCAGCCACAUCAGGAAGAAAAUUUGUGUUUUGAAAAUGUCUUUCCUCUUAUAGACCUUUUGCCUAUUAAUGCCAUAGAGCCUACUUCUUCACAGCAAAUACCCAACAGAGAAACAUCUGAAGUCAAUAAAGAGAGAAGAAAAAUGACAUCAAAGUCAAGAGAAUCAAAUAUAUAUUUACCUUUAACCUCUUUUAUCACUGCUGACUCAGAACUCCAUGACAUUAUUGAAGAUUUGGAGGAUUGUUUGAUAGUAGGUCUACACACUUGCGGUGAUCUGGCUCCAAAUACUUUGCGAAUAUUUACUUCCAACUCUGAAAUCAAGGGAGUUUGCAGUGUGGGUUGUUGCUACCACCUCUUAUCUGAAGAAUUUGAAAACCAGCAUAAAGAAUGUACUCAGGAAAAGUGGGGAUUUCCAAUGUGCCGCUAUUUAAAGGAAGAGAGAUGGUGCUGUGGUCGUAAUGCCAGAAUGUCAGCAUGUUUGGCAUUGGAGCGGGUUGCAGUUGGCCAAGGGCUGCCUACUGAAUCACUCUUCUAUCGUGCUGUUCUUCAGGAUAUUAUUAAAGAUUGUUAUGGCAUCACCAAAUGUGAUCAGCAUGUUGGUAAAAUUUAUUCCAAAUGUUCUUCAUUUCUGGAUUAUGUCAGAAGGUCUCUAAAGAAGCUUGGAUUAGAUGAGUCCAAGAAGAUCACAGUGAUACUAAUCUUUGGAUAACUUCCUCUAUCAACCUGAGAAUAUCAGGAAACACUUCAGCCUCCUUGCCACUGACUUUGUCUUCCCUGACUUCUUUGACAGGAUCUGCUGAUGCGUUCACCUUCACAUACACUUACUUUAGUUCUUAAGCCAGUUAUGUCCUAACCAAGAACCUUCAGUCCCACCAUCAAGUGGUGAGAACUAUCUCAGUUGCUAACCCGUCUUCUUAUCACAUAUGAUGUGGGGAGGGUCUCUGAACAACUGUAUCUGUCAUCUACUCAUUUAACCCAUACUCCAUAAAAUUAUAGUAUGUGGUCUACCUUUGCUUAUCUACACCCCCCUUAUAUCGAUUUAUUUUUUUAAAAUUGAAUAAACAAACACAUGGAGGAGAAGAGACAAAUGUCCCAUGGAAAAGAGCUCCAAAUAAUUUAUAUAAUAUAUUUCCCCCUCGAGGAGUUAGAGCAAAACUCCCCAUUCUUUAAGUGUGGCCUGUACAUAAUGACUUUUUUUCCGAAGAGCAUAAGUAUGUGAAGCAGGAAAAAUGAUGAACUUUCCAGUGAAGAAUCUGACAAACAGAAUCUGAGCCAGGUAAUCAAGAUCAAUGUGAACAGUGAUAAUUCAUGUUGAUAGUAUGUACUCUUGUUAUAAGGUAAGAAAUAUGGUGCUUUAUUCCUAUAGUAUUUCUUUCAAAAACCUAUCUCUAGUCUGUAUAUGAGAAAAAUAUCCCACUGGAGAAACAUUCUACAAAAUACAUUCUACAGAAAACAUUCUACAAAGUACUGGUCAGCCAGUACUUCUCAAAACUGUCAAGGUCUGCAAAAACAAGGCAAGUCUGCAAAAUCAUCAAAGCCAAGAGGACUAAUUGCAAUGUGGUUUUCUGGAUGGGAUUCUAGACCUGGAAAAGGACAUUACAUAAAAACUAAGGAAAUUUGAAUAUAAUGUGGACUUUUGUUCAUACUAAUGUAUUAAUAUUGGUUUACUAAUUAUAACAAACAUACCAUAUUGUAAAAUGUUAAGAGAAGAAAAGAGUAUAGAGUAUAUGGAAAUUCUGUCCUAUUCUCAAAAUUUCUGUAAAUUAAAACUGUUAUAAAAUGUAUUUAUUUUUUAGGAACAUCAUGAGGUAACUAAUGUUUACCAAACCUUUGCUUUAUGCCAGGCACUAUGCUAAAAGUUUAUAUUAUCUUUUAUAUUUGUUUAUAUUAUCUUACUGAAUACUAAGGAUGGCCUUAUGAAAUAAGUGACAUUAUUAUUGUUUUAUAGAUGAAGAAAUUGAGACAGAAGUUAAGUGGAUUUCUUUAGGCCAAAAUCUAGGAAAUUUGGAGGAAGGAUUUCAAUCCAGAUUCCUAACUCUAGAACUCAUGCUUCUGUUUGUCAUACUUACAUAACUUACUAACAGACUUGAGUACAAGAAUGCUUGUUUGGCGUUUUUCCAAAACUAGCAAUCGUCAGGCAAGCAAACCUAUGAGAAAAAAUAAAGAAAAAAUUUAUGCUUGUCACAGACAAAAUAAAUGUACUUCUAAAACAGAUUAAGGAAUUAAAGUUUGAAAUAAAGGCAGAAAAAAAAAGCAAGGAAUGAUGAAUCUUACUGAAGAGUUAAAGAAGACAUGCUUGUAUCCAGGACUUUAACUCAUGAAAGUCUGGCUGAUUGGAUGAAACUAGUCAAAUAUAUGAAACAUUUUGGGUACUAAGACAUAUACUGUCUAAUGCACAGAAUAAUAUCAGAGUUAAAAUCACUAUCACCAAACUACAAGGAAAGUGGGAAGAAAAAAAAAACCUCAAGCACCUGAACAUGAUUUCUUAUAUAUUGUCCCCCACUCCAGUUUCUCUUCAGGACUGGGUAUCUUCCUGUAGGUGACUCAGAGCCCACUAAGUAGCCCCUGCGAGGGCCCCACUGCACAUCUUAACUCAUGCUAGUUCCUUUUUCUAGAGACUAGGAGUUAAGCAGUACAGGGCAAUGGCAUUCAUUACCAGUACUUUCAGCUGCCAUUCAGUGUGUACUCUCAAUUUACAAGUUUGCAUGUCUGUUCUUGCCUAAGGAUGACCUAUGCCAGGCAGUGCUUCCAUUCCAGUGCCUUCCUUUUAUCUUCAGGAAGUUGAAGAGGCUCACGCUGGCUUUAAUACUCAGUAAUGAUGUCUAUAUAUGAGACCAUGAAUAUGUAUUCAUGACCAUGGAUAUACAGUGCUAUAGACUGCUAGAACUUAAACCUCUUAUCUAGUUAUAAUUUUGUAUUCUUUAACUAAUGUCUCUGUAUACCCCACUUCACCCUACCCUUCCAGGUUUCUGCAAUCCUCUAUACUACAUUUUAUUUCUAUGAGAUUAACGUUUUCUCCAGCUUCUACAUAUGAGAGAGAACUUACCAUGUUUAACUUUCUGAUCCUGGCUUAUUUCACUUAACAUAAUGAAUAUACAUGUCUAUAACAUGAGACCAUGAAUAUACUUCUAACAUCUAUAUUUAAGGUGUGUAUAUACUGAGAGAUACUCUCUUCAUUUUAAAAUUUUCUUAUAAUCUCUGUGAUCUAAUGAGACUUUUUUUUUUUUUGAGUCAGAGUCUUACUCUGUUGCCCAGGCUGGAGUGCAGUGGCACAAUCUCACUGCAACCUCCGCCUCCUGGGUUCAAAUAAUUCUCCUGCCUCAGCCUCCCAAGUAGCUGGGACUACAGGUGCACACCACCACAUUCAGCUAAUUUUUUUGUAUUUUUAGUAGAGAUGGGGUUUCACCAUGCUAGCCAGGAUGGUCUCAAUCUCCUGACCUCAUAAUCCACCCACCUUGGCCUCCCAAAGUGCUGGGAUUUAAGUUUAAUUUAAAAAGUUGAUUAAAGCAUGAAGUCAAAUCUUUAAGCCCUGAAGUUUUCACUUAAAAACAUAUAAAUACAGUCAUUCCUUGCUAUCCUCAAAGGAUUGGUUCCAGGACUCCCAUGGAUAUCCAAAUCCAUGGAUGCUCAAGUCCCUAGUGUCAUAGUAUUUGCAUAGAACCUAUGCAUAUCCUCCUGUAUACUUUAGACAAUAUCUAGACUGCAAAUAAUACCUAAUACAGUGUAAAUGCAAUGUAAGUAGUUGUUAUACUGUAUUGUUUUUUAUUGUUUUCUUUUUUUAAUAUAUAUUUUGUCUUUUAUGUUUUUUAAAUGGACACAUUAUUGUAUAUAUUUAUGAUGUACAUAGUGAGGUUGUAAUAUAUUAUGUGUAUAGUGAUUAGACUAGGAUGAUUAGCAUGUCCAUCAUCUCAAACAUUUAUUAUUCCUUUGUGUUGUGGGCAUUCAGGGUCCUCCUUCCAGCUAUUUGAAACUAUAUAGUAUAUUAUUGUGAACUAUAUUCAUCCUACAGUAUAUAGACCACUAGAACUUAAUCCUCUCAUCUAGCUAUAAUUUUGUAUUCUUUAACAAAUCGCUCUCAUAAUGCACUUCCCCCUACCCUUUCAAGCCUUCGGAGUCCUCUGUACUACAUUCUACUUUUUUUUUUUUUUUUUGGUUUCUUGCAUCUGAGUGAGAACAUACUACAUUCUACUUUUUUUUUUUUUUCCAGUUUCUGCAUCUGAGUGAGAACAUACUAUGUUUUUAAUGUUCUGAUCCUGGCUUAUUUCACUUAACAUAAUGUUCUGCAGUUCUACACAUGUUGCCAGGAAUGAAAGAUUUCAUUAUUUUUUAUGGCCGAAUCAUAUUUGUUUAUACAUACCACAUUUUCUUUGUCCCUGUUAAUCUGUUGAUGAACACCUAGGUUGAUUCAAUAUCUUGGCUAUUAUAAAUUGUGCUAAACAUAGGGAUACCAGAGUUUACUAUAUCAAAUCAAUGUCUUUGAUAUAUUGAUUUCUUUUCCUUUGGGCAAAUGCCAGGCAGUGGGAUUGCUAGAUCUUAUGAUAGUUCUAUUUAUAGUUCUUUCAGGAACCUCUAGCCUCUUCUCCAUAGUGACUAUACUAGUUUACAUUCUCACCAAAAGUGUAUAGGAGUUCCUUUUUUCUGCAUCUUUGCCAACAUUUUUUAUUUUUUAUCUUUUUUAUUAGAGCCAUUCUAAUUGGGUGAGAUGAUACGUCGUUGUGGUUUUGAUUUGCAUUUCCCUGAUUAUUUGUGAUGUUGAGCAUUUUUUUCUAUGCUUUAUGGCCAUUUGUAUGUGUUCUUUUGAGAAAUGUCAGUUCAGAUUAUUUGUCCGUUUUUUUCCUUAGAUUUUGGGUUUGCUGUUGUUGUUGUUGUUUUGCUGUUGAAAUAUUUGAGUUCCUUGUAUAUUCUGGAUAUUAAUUACCAGUUGGAUGAAAAGUUUGGAAAGUUUUUCCCCUAGUCUGUAGGUUGAAUUCACUCUGAUGAUUGUUUUCUUUGCUUUGCAAAAGCUUUUUUUAGGUUGAUAUAAUCCUCUUUUCCUAUUUUCUGCUUUACUUGCCUGUGCUUUUGAGGUCUUACUCAAAAAUAUUUUUCCAGAGCAAUAUCCUAAAGCAUUUCUCCUAGUAGUUUUGUUGUUUGGGGUCUUAUAUUUAGGUCAUGGAUCCAUUUUGAGUUGAUUUUUGUAUAGGAUGAGAAGUGAGGUGUCUAGUUUAAUUCCUCAGCAUGUAGAUAUCUAGUUUUCCCAGACAUUUAUGGAAGUGACUGUUCUUUCUCCAAUGUAGAUUUUUGACAUCUUUGUCAAACAUUAGUUGACUGAAGACAUGUGAAUUUAUUUCUGGGAUCUCUAUUCUAUUGCAUUUGUCUAUGUUUCUGUUUUCAUGCCAGUGUCAUGUUGUUUUGAUUAUAACAGCUUUGUAAAAUAUUUUGAAGUCUAGUAAUGUGAUGCUUCCAGCUUUGUUCUUUUUGUUCAAGACAACUGUGGCUAUUCUGGAUCUUUCAUAACUCCAUACAAAUUUUUUUUCUAUGUAGAAUGUCAUUGGUAUUUUGAUAGGGAUUGCAUUGAACCUGUACAUUGCUUUGGGUAGUAUGGUCAUUUUAACAUUAUUAAUUCUUUGGAUCCAUGAGCAUGGAAUGUUUUUCCAUUUUUUUCUAUCCUCUUCAGUUUCUUCAGUGUUUUAUUGUCUUCCUUGUAGAGGUCUUUUACCUCCUUGGUUAAAUUUAUUCAUAUAUAUUUUAUUUCCUUUAUAGCGAUUGUGAGUGGAAUUGACUUCUUGAUAUUUUUUAUUGCAUUUUAGGUUUUGGGGUACAUGUGAAGAACAUGCAAGAUAGUUGCAUAGGUACACAUGUGGCAGUGUAAUUUGCUGCCUUCCUCCCUUUCACCUAUAUCUGGCAUUUCUCCCCCUGCUAUUUUAAUCUAGUUAAUUAUGUAUAGAAAUUCAACAAUUUUUACAUGUUGACUUUGUGUUCUGCAAGUCUACUAAAUUAUUCUACAAAUUUUCUAGGUAGAACCUUUAGGUUUUUCUAUCUAUAAUAAGAUCAUGUCAUCUGCAAACAGGGAUAAUUUUACUUUCUCCUUUCCAAUUUGGAUUUCCUCUAUUUCUUUCUUUUGCCUAGUUGUCCCGAUUAGAACUUCCAAUACUAUAUUGCAUGAGAGUGGUAAGACUGGGCAUUUUUUACCUGUUAAAGUUCGUAGAGGAAAAGAUUUCAGUUUUUUCCCCUUUCAGUAUGAUGUUAGCUGUGGAAUUGUCAUAUGUGGCCUUUAUUAUGUUGAAGUAUAUUUCUCCUAUGUCCAGGUUUUUUUAAGUUUUUAUCAUGAAGGGAUAUUGAAUUUUAUUCAAUGUUUUUUUCUACAUCUAUUGAAAUAACAACAUAGUUUUUGUCCUUCAUUCUAUUGAUGUGCUGUGUCGCAUUUAUUUGUGUAUGUUGAACCAGCCAUGCAUUUCUGAGAUAUAUCUUACUUGAUCAUAGUGUUAUUAUCUUUUUAAUAUUCUGUUGGAUUCAGUUUGCUAGUAUUUUGUUGAUAAUUUUUGUGUUUAAUGUUUGUUAGAGGUAUUGUCCUGUAGUUUUAUGUUUUUGUUGUUGUGUCCUUAUCUGGUUUUGGUAUCAGCGUUAUGCUGGCUUCAUAUAAUGAGUUAGUAAGAAUUCCCUACACUUUAAUUAUUUGCAAUAGUUUCAAUGGUAUUCAUUCUUUUUUAGUUUUAGUAGAAUUCAUCUGUGAAGCCAUCCAGUCCUGGAAUUUUCUUUGUUUGGAAGACUUUUAUUAAUCACUGAUUCAAACUUACUACUUGUUAUUGGUCUAUUCAGGUUUUCUGGUUCUUCCUGGUUCAAUGCUGGUAGGUUAUAUGUGUCUAGGAACUUACCUAUUUGCACUGCCUUUUCUAAUUUUUUGGUGCAUAGCUGUUCAUAGUAGUUUCUAAUGAUUCUUUGUUUUUGUGGUAUUUGUUGUGACAUCCCUGUUUUUGUUUUGUAGUUUUUAAUUUUGGUUCUUACUGCCUUUUUUUUUUUUUAGUUUGUCUCACUAAUUGUUUGCAGAUUUUGUUUAUCUUUUCAAAACAGCAAUUUUUUGUUUUAUUCUCUUUGUAAUUCUCAAUUGCAUUUAUUUCUGCUCUGAUCUUAAUUUUUUUCCUUCUGCUAAUUUUGAAUUUGGCAUGUUCUUGCUUUUCUAAUUACUUGACAUGUAUCAUUAGGUUCUUUAUUUGAAAUCUUACUAGAGUUUUUAUAUACUUACUUAUUGCUAUAAACUUACCCCUUAGUACUGCUUUAGUUUUGUUCAACAGGUUUUAGCAUGUUAUGUUUCUGUUUUCCAUUGUAUUAAGGAAUUUUUUAACUCCAAUCUUAGUUUUGUUGGUUUUUCCCACCCAUUGGUCAUUCAGGAGCAUGUUUUCUAACUUCCAUAGGUAUUUUUCAUAGGUGUGAAUUUUCCUCUUAUUGAUGUUUAGUUGUAUUCCAUUGUGGCCAGAUAAGAUACUUGGUAUGAUUUUGAUUUUUAAAAUUUUUUGAGACUUUUUUGUGUCCUAACAUAUGGUUGAUCCUGGAGAAUAUUCUAUGUGCUGAUGAAAAGAAUGUGUAUUCUGCAGCUGCUGGGUGAAAUAUUCUAUAAGUGUCUGUUCUAUUAGCUUCACCUAAUAUGCAGUUUAAAUCUAAUGGGUUUUUUUGUUGUUGUUGAUCUUCUGUCUAGAUGAUUUAUUCAAUGCUGAGAGUGAGGUGUUGAAGUCCCCAACUAUUGCUAUAGUGGGGUCUAUCUGUCUCUUUGGAUCUAAUAAUAUUUGUUUUAUAUAUCUAGGUACACCAGUGUAAGUUGCAUCUGUAUUUAAAAUUGUUAUAUUCUCUUGCUAAUGUAAUCCCUUUAUUAUUACAUAGUGUCUCUCUUUAUAGCUAUUGGCUUAAAUUCUGUUUUGCCUAAUCUACUCCUGCUCAGUUUUUCCAUUAGCAUAGAAUAUCUUUUCUUUUCUUUUUUUUUUUUUGAGAUGGAGUCUUGCUCUGAAACCUAGCUGUAGAGCAGUGUGUGAUCUUAGCUUCCAAAGUGCUGAGGUAACGCAUGAACCACAGCACCUGGCUGGAAUAUCUUUUUGUAAUCCCUUCACUUUAAGCCUAUGAGUGUGUUUACAAGUGAGGUAAGUUUCCUACAGACUGCAUAUAGUUGGGUCUUUAAAAAACAAUCCAUUUUGCCAGUUUAUAUGUUUAAAUUGGAGAAUGUAGUCCAUUUACAUUCAGGGCUAUUAUUGACAGGCAAAGACUUACUUUUGGCAUUUUUAAUUGUUUUCUGGUUGUUUUUUAUAUCCUUUUUUUUUCUUGCUUACCUCUUAUUUAUUUUUGUGAUUGGGUAGUUUUCUGCAGUGAUAAAAUUUGAUUCCUUUCUUUUUCUCUUUUGUAUAUCACCUCGACCAGUAAGUUUUAUCAUUUCAUGCUUUGAUAAUGGCAAUUGUUAUUUUUUCAUUUCAGAUGUAAGACUCAUUUGAGCGCUUUUAAAGUCCAGUCUAAGGGUGAUGAAUUCUCUUAGUUUUUACUUAUCUUUGAUCUGUGAAAGAUUUUAUUUCUUCUACAUUUCUGAAAGAUAGCUUUUCUGGGUAUCAUGAUCUUGGCUGGCAAUGUUUUUGUUUUAUCUUUCAAUGCUUUGACUAUAUCAUGCCAUACUUUCCUGGCAAAUAAGCUUUCUGCUGAAAAAUCCAGUUAGUCUAAUUGAGAUUCCCUUAUAUGUGACUUGAUGUUUUUCUGUUGGUGAUUUUAGAAUUCUUUAUUUGUUCUUGACUUAUGAUAGUUUGACUUUAAUAUGCCUUGGAGAGGAUCUGUUUGGCUUUAAUCUAUUUGGUGUCUUUGAGCUUCCUCGACAUGGAUGUUCAUUUAUCUUCCAAGACUUGGGAAGUUUACAACUAUUAUUUCCUUAAGUAUGUUUUCUAUACGCUUUUCCUUCUGGAUUACCCAUAAUGCAAACAUUUGCUUGAUAGCCCUAAUGGUGUCCCAUAAAUCCUAUAGAUUUUUUUCAUCAUUUUUUUUAAUUUGUUUUUGUCUGUCUGUAUUAUUUCAGAAGACCUGUCUUCAACUUCAGAAAUUCUUUCUCUCAAAGCCCUUUCCUACACCAGCAUUCUCAAAGUCUCUAUGAUUUUUCAAGCCUAGUGUAUGAACUAAAAUUAAGAUCUUUGCUGAAUUUUUUAAAAUAACCCAGCAGAAAACAAGUACUGUUCCAGUCCACUAAUAAUCUCCCUGUAAUCUGUUCAACUUUGUAAGUUGGUCAAAUCUAGCAAAGAGAUUGGCCAACUGGAAAAAUUUGAUUUUCAAAUAUACCUCUAAGUAUUCUUAUGAAAAGAUGUGACAAAGAGAUAAUGCAAUUCUUGGAGAAAGUUAUAUUUAUUUAUAAAGACCUUUGGAGGAAGGGUCAGCUAAGGCAUGAGGAGGCACUCUAAAGAAGAAGCUGGAAAACUACCUCCUAAAUAACUGGCUAACCCCAUCCUUGAGGAUUCAAGCAACCAUCUUAAGCCUCAUCCUACUUGUGGCAGAUACUGUACAAAUGAGUAGAUUAGUGGGUUAGCUUGUCAUGCUACCUUACAACUAUAAUGGAGAGGUGACAUCUGUAUGCUGGGGCUGAAAGAUGUGUCCUAUAUUUGGAUGCUCAGAUGAAACUGUCUGGGUUAAUGUCACCUUUUAGAAGAUGCAUUAAAGGGAAUGACAUACCUUUUGAAAGGGAUGCCUUCUUGAGUAUAGAAAAUGCAACCAAGACUGACAGUGGAUUGUACUGCUAUUUUGUGCACAGAGGGUGGUUCAGUGACAUGAAAGUCACCCUAUCAUUGGAGAUUAAACCAUCCAGGAACACAAGUAUUCCCAUGUCGUCUAGAGUCUACCUCUGCUCCUCCAAUGCCAUCACCCAUGAUCCAGCGACUUCACCUUCUCCAACUCAGCCAGCAGAAACUCAGAUUACAACAUUGCAGGAAACAAGGACACAACCCACCAACUCUUACACAACAGAAGGGAAUGGCACCAUGACACAAUCUUUGGUUGGUCUUUGACAUAACAAACUCAUGUCCCCACCACAGGCGGCUACCACCUCUAAGGGAAUCUCUGUGGGAAUCUGUAUUUCUGCUUUGGUGUUUCUCACUUUUUUGGAUGUCAGCAUUACCAUAAAGUAUUUCUGUGUCAUAUGCAAGAUGCUGUACCUGCAUAUGGUUUUGUUGAGUGACCGUCUAUAUUCAUCUGUUCUUACACUGCUAUAAAGAACUGCCCAAGACUGGGUAAUUUAUGAAGGAAAGAGGUUUAAUUGACUCAGAGUUCUGCAGGACUGGGGAGUAUUCAGAAAACUUACAAUCAUGGCAGAAGGAAACAAACACAUCCGUCUUCACAUGGCAGUAGGCAGGAGAAGAAUGAGAGCUGAGCAAGCAGAGGAGGCCCUUAUAAAACCAUCAGAUCUCGUGAGCACUUACUAUUAUGAAAAUAGCAUGGGGGAAACUGCCUCUGUGAUUCAAUUAACUCCUACCAGGUCCCUCCCAGGAUACAUGGGGAUUAUGGGAACUGCAAUUCAAGAUGAGAUUUGGGUGGUUAUACAGCCAAACCAUAUCACCUUCUAAUUGGAGCUUUGCCAUGUGCAGGGGAAAGACAAGUGCAAGCAGCAGACAGUAUAUACAUUAUUGAGGUUAAUCUUUAUGUCGUGGAAUAAAGUGGUGCCCAUGACUGCAGAAAACGGUGACCAGAUACUACCGUGUCAGACAUAUUUUAAACUCCAGGAUUUUUUUUCUGUUUUAGUUUCAUCUAGCAUUUCAACAUGUCAGUAAUAUUGAGUAGAGUGAGUCUCUAGCUCUGAAUUCUGUAGAGCCAGCUUCAUUGUUAAUAUAGUUCUCAUUUUUUAUACUAAAAUGGACUCAAUCUUUCUGAUCAUUGCAGAGUUCCCUCUCAAACAUGAACACUUUAGAAUUGCAUGUUCUCUUUAGACUCCAUAAAUCCUGUGUCCAUCAAAGAGAAUAAUCACUGAAAACAUAGGAAAUGAACUUCUAUCUUGGCCACCAAAGCUGUCCAGAAGAAAGAAAUAGGACUUAAAACUCAAAUCUAAUUUGAAACUUCAUUUGGAAGAAAUUCGUGGUUGUUUCUUAUUUCUAUAUUAUAACUCCAAAUGUUACAUUUCUUAGUUUCCCCCAAGGGUGCCCAAUGAACCCAGGCUUUUAUUUCAUCCAUGGAAAUAAAAUAGGAGUGAGUCUAAUUUGGGUGUAACAGGUAUAUCUGUUUCUCAUGGCUCUGGAAAUAUGAUGCUUUCAGUACUUGAUCCCGGGAUCAGUGUAGCUAUUUUGCCAGUCAAAAGAAGCUGAGUAUUUUACCAGUCAAAAGAAGUGAAUAUGGACCAAGCAGACACUAGGAGGAGAAAAUCAUUUGCUAUGUGAUUAAACACUUUUAUGCUGCUUCUAUUACAUUUGUGCCACAAUGCUAGGCACUAUGGUAAAUAACCAUCAGGUUCUCAGAACUUAUUUUUACAAGGCAGGGCAGAAAUGAAAGGGAAAAGAGGAAAGAGUAGGAAAAAAGCCUUUCUACCUUAGAAAAGUUACAUUGCAAGUAUUAUAGUGUUUGAAACUGUCACUAGUUUCAGCCCAAAUUCUAAACUUAUAAAUGCCUUCAUAUCACUUAUAUAUUUAAAAUUGUUUCAGAAAGUUGAAGGAUCUUUUUCAUAUCUAGUCAAUUACAGUGUUUUUUUUUUGUAAUACAAUUGUGAAGCUUAUUGUAAACAUACCUUCAGUUACCAGCAUAAUUGUUUAGAAAUAUAGAUUUGCAAGGGCUAGAUUUGUCAGAAGAGAACCAUUUCUACAUGAAGAGUAAAGGUUGAGUAUUACUUUCUAUUUCAAUUUGAGUAAACCCAGAACAAUUUAUGCUUGGUGUUUAGAGGUACUCCAACCAUAAUGGUCUAGGAGGACAGGAUGCUCGCUUUCAAAGGCAACAUUUUCAACACUGUUCUGCAGAGGUCUAACUAAGAAAGUAAUAGAUCCUUUGAAUGAAGGUCCUAUGGGAAGUAAAAUUUUGAUUCAUGGUAUUUCAGAUUUUCUAAAUGAGACCAGCCUAAUCUAGCCUAAAUAUUUUUUUUCAUACUACAGUGUUUGUUUGUUUUUUAAAUUUGAUGCAGCAUGCAUAAACCUGGGAAUUUGAAAUUAAAGCUCAUAUUUGUAGCUUCUCUGAAAAGACAUGGGCAGAUUAGACUGCAUUCCUGUGUGGUCAGGGCCCCACUAGAUGGGGCCACAUUCUCUAGCCCCCAAGUCCUCGUCUUUCCUGCCUCCUCACUUUUGUUACCUGCCUGGUACCUGUAGGGCUUUGAGUUUAUGGCACCUGCCCUAUUCUCCAUACUCUUCCUGGAGAGUUAUUAUAUGUGGUAAAGGCUCUGGGAAUAUGGUUAGCUUUGUUUAACAAGCAUUGCCAAAACUUGCAUGAACACAUGAGCACAGUGACUAGUAGCAUUCUGUGAAACAGAAUAUAUAGGGACUUAGAAUAGUAAACAGAAUUAAGAAUAGGAUGUGAGUUCUGAUCCUAACUCUUAGCAGUAACACCAUAUGACAUUAGGGCACAUUAUUCUUUAUGUCUAAAUCUUUUUUAUCUGUUAGAUGUAAUCAUUUCCAUACCAGCAAUGUCAUAUGAUGAUAACUCCAAUAAACUGUUACUUGAAAAAAUACACUACAGAUUCUGAAGCAGUUUGGAGAAUUUAUUUUAAAAUACUAUACGAACGCAAAGUGUUUCCUCAGAAAAUUUCUUAGUAAUAGCAGACCCAGCAUUAGUGCUCAGUAAAUAAUUUCAGUGGUGUUAUAUUCACAAGGCUCUUGGGUAUCUCUUUUUUAAAUAGUUUAUUUUUCAAAAAGUUGAUGAGAAAUUUUGCUCUGCUCUUAUACUAUAAAAAGUUGUCAGUAACUGAGAGAGAGAAUAGAUGAGAAGGGAGAAAAUGGUGGAAUCUAGUUACUUAAUAUGGAUUUUUCCUAAACAUACAUUAAUCUUAUAGAUUGCAUUGAGUUUUGUUUUUUAUUUUUGAUUCUUUGAGAAGGAGUUGAUAUUCUAUUAUCUACAAUCUGUCUUGGAACAUUGGGACAUUGGUGUAAUUAAGACUGUAUAUUUAAACUUAAAAUUUUUUUCAUAUCUUUAAGAAGUGGCAGAACCCAUUGUUCACUUAUGUCUAUAAAGAUUAAAUAAUUUUGCAAGUACAUGAAAGUGUGAGGAACUCAGCGAUUGUCUAGGUUCAUUUGUAUGUGCACUCAUCACUAACAUUUUUUGUUUUUUUCAUCUGAAAAAAAAAAUCUUCUGCUUGCUUAGUCUGUUAUUGAAGCUUUCAAUUGUAUUUUUUUAUUUUGUUUCUUGAAUUCUUCAGCUGUAGAAUCUCUAUUUGGUUCUUUUUUAUAUCUCUCUCUUUAAUUUCUCAUUUCUGGUUUCAUUGAUUUGUUAAUCUGUACUAAGUUUUCUUAAGAUUUUUUUUUAAUUAUUUCUCUGGCAUUUUUUAUCUUUCCUUAUAUUUGGGUUCCACUACUAGAGAAUUAUUGUGUUCCUUUGGAGGUGUCAUGUUUCCUUGCUUUUUCAUGUUUGAGGUGUCCCUGCAUUGGUUUCUGUGUACUUGGUGGAAAAAUCAUACCAUCCAAUUUUAUGGAGUAGGUUUCAUAAAGAAAGGUUUAUUCAUAUGAAUGGGUUUUGGGAUAUUAGUUGGGUGAGGUGCAUUGGCUGUGGUCCUAGGUGGAUGCAGUAGUGUAGUAUCCACAUAGUUUCUUCUGAUGCAGUCCAUAUAAUGGCAUUUGUGAGUGUUUCAGUGGCCCAGGCUGAGAGAGUUUCCGGACAGUGGUGGUGCAGCUUUGGCUAAGGGUGUCCUCACUGUGCCAUUUCUCAGGUUGGAGGUGCAUGCCUGUAUAUAAUGGUUUAGCCACCUUGGAGCUGGCAUUGGGGUUAUGGGGAGUUACUCUGACUGGGAGUUUAUACACAGAGUUGCUUGACCACCUGGGGGUGUGACCGCCAAGAGCUGCCCAUAGCACUGUUUCUCAAGGCCUGGGAUGGCGGUGCAAGGCUGUUGAGCUGACCUGGGGCAUGUCAUCCAGGGCUGUUCUGGGGGGUGCUGCUUCUCAAGCCUGGGAUGUAGGUACACAGCCACUUGGCUGGCUUGGAGGCUUGUAUACUGGGAAGGUCCCCAGAGCUAUUUCUCAGGCCUGUGUCAUGGGCCAACAGCUGCUCAGCCAGCUUGGGUGAUUGCCCUCCAGAAGCAGCCUGCAGGGUUCUUUCUCAGACUGUGAUUGAGUGCAUUGGGCCUUUGAGUGGCUCAGGGUGUAGGGCACCACAGGUCUGUCUGUACUUCCUUGGAUGCAGGCGUGUAGUACUUCACCCAGCCCCAGAGCAUGUCAUUUGCUUGGAGGCUUCACAGACUAUCCCCCUCAGGAGAGGGCACGCAGCAGUUUGGCCAGUUCAAGGGUAGGUGUACACUAGACAGGAUUGUCAAACGGUUUUUGUGUCUGGAAGUUAGUUGGUUUCUCUACUAUAGGACCAGAGUGACAGCCAAUCCUGGACCCAGGCUCCAUGCAGCUUAGGUUGUGGCAGUCAGCCACCCAUUUGGGCUUGGGAAUGAAGAUAGAGCCCCAGUGGUGUAGAGGUACAGUGUUAGUGACCUACAGAGCAGGGUACACUCCUGAUGUUACUCUGGUCUUAAGAUGGCUCUGUGCUGUAGAAACUUGAUGUACAAGGCUAGGUGGGAGUGGGGAGUGCACACUAUGUGGAUUCCUGGAAGCUCUCCAAACUGGGCUCACUGCUUGUGAAGACUAUGAGAUUCUCUUGUAGAAAGGAUGUAGGUGUUUGUGGUAGCAAUGGGGGCUGGUAGUGUUCUUCUGCUUGCCUUUUCCCUGUAACAGGAAGUUUCCACCGAUUUGGGGCAGAUUCUCAUCUAAUCAGAGAAGAUAGAGCUACAGAGGCUAGGUGUCUCCAAGCUGCUCACCUGGACUUCUAGUCUCCACAGGUGCAUCUCCAUCCACUUCCAUGCUGUGCUCAAAUGCUCUCCCUUCAACAUUCCAAUCAAAUCUCGUCUGUUUAUUCAUUGCCUUGUCUCUUUCUUGUAUGGGGGGACUAGCAUCAGGCAUCUGUAGUCAGUGUUCUUGCUGAUGUCACUUUGUUUUAUUUUUCUGGAUAUUUCUGAUCUGCAGAUGAUAAAGUUUGUUGGUACAGAACCUGCAGUUAUAAAAGGCCAACUGUACACUUCUUAUACUCUUGUAAGAACAGGCCAUUUUUGUUUUGGUUUUUUUUUUUUUUUUAAUACAGAUUUGCAUAUGGUUUUACUGUUUGAAGUUAUCCCUUGGCUUUUUUGCCUCAAACAUACUUAUAAUGCAUAGCCUAUAAUAUCCAGUUUUGGAUCUCUCAAAACAACAAACUUUUUUUAAAAUAUUAGAGUAAAAUGGUGUUCUCACCUUUUCUCUCUGGAAUACACUCAAAAGCAACAAAUAGAAUGAGAAAGAGAAACAAAACUAUCUUUGACAAUAUCAAAUCUUAAACUAUACAUAUUACAAAGUAUAAUGACGGUAAAAGAGGGAUUCUGAAAGAUACGAAGAGGACAUGCUCACAGUUACAGAUCUCAGACAAAAUCAACAGAACAUAGUUAUCUAAAGUGUCGUAUCCUGAAGAAGAAAAUCAACAAUCCCUAGUUUGAAACAAACACAACUGAUGACCAGCAUGGUGCUUCCCAAUUUGACACAAAAAAAAAAAAAAAAGAAAAAGAAAAUGGAGCACCCAAGAAAUCACACUGAAGAAACCUGUUUUUAGGAAGCAAAAUAGGAAAGGUUAUGAGUUCUGAGUUAUCUUACAACUGCUGCUCUUCGGAUGGUAGACGAGAGAACUAAAGGCUAUAAUUGAACACACACAAUUUUGUGAGAUGAGAGUUUUUGCUGCCUUGAAGUUCAGGCCUGGAUUUAGUCCAAUAUAUUCUUCUGCAAAAGUUUUCUCCAGCAGGAGCUCAUUUGAUUCAAAAAAUAUGGCAAACUUAAAAAGGAUGGGGAGUGUGUCAUCUGCAUGGGUUCCGUACAAAAGGGGAGAGCUUUUCUGGAAGGCUUCACAAGAAAUUGAAUGAGACAAAGCCUUGCUUUCCACUACCCUUCAUACUUUUUUAAAUUCAAAAGAAACUUAGUGCAAUAAUAAAAACAAUAGAGACUUUGAAAAUAAUAAUAAAUUCAUUUAAACAUUUGCAAAUAAAUAUGAGUACAAGUCCUUUCAGAUUUUUACUCAUUUUAUCCAGCCUUUCAUUUAUUCUGACCACAUCUAAUUGACAGCAAUUUCUUUAGGUGACUCUCCUUUAUCAGAUCUUUCACAAAGGCAUUCAAUAUGUAGAAUCAAUUUUUCCUGUUGCUUUCAUAUUUCAUUUGUUAUGUAAUAUUUAUUUAUAUGAUAGAUUGAGUAUUCCUUAUCUAAAAUGCUUGGGACCAGAGUGUUUCAGAUUUCAGAUUUUUAAAAAAUAUUUACCUUAUAUACUUAUAAGUUGAGCAUCCCUAAUCUGAAAAAUCCAAAAUCUGAAAUGCUCCAAUGAGCAUUUCCUUUGAAUGUCAUGUUCACACUCAAAAAGUUUCAGGUUUGGGGGCAUUUCAGGUUUUGGAUUAGGUAUAUUCAAUCUGUAUGUUAUGGCAAUAAUGUAACUGGCAUAGCAAGUUUAGAAAUAAAUACAAUUGACCCUGUAACAUAAAGCUUACCUAGAGGAGCAUAAACACAAUUGAACUAGAGAGAGGCCUGCUAAAUACAGGAGUUCAACAUACUGUAGGUAUUUGUUUUAGGGGAAAAAAAAAGUAAUGCUCUUUAAUGGAUUUGUUAAGUGAAUGUUAAAAGAAACUACCUUAAGUAUGGACAUAUGCUAUUUUGUUUCUGUUGCAUUUGAAUUUUGCUCAACGAUGUCUUGUUCUAGAUACAGUGUUGUAAAAUUUAAUUUUAAUCAAAAAAUGUUUGAGCUCCUCCUGUGUUCCCUAAGCGUAAUAACAAAUGAAAGUAAAUACUUUCCUUUUUAGUUGUUGAAAUUAAACAAUAUUAAUAGGAUGUUACUGGUGGUUUUAAUUAUGAUGUGCUGCAUACCCUGUAUCAGUAUAAAAGUUUUAAGUAA